AUGUCGUCCGCCGCCUCCUUCUACGAGCUCGAGGCUGAGAAGCCCAAGGGCGACAAGAUCAAGUUCGAGGACUACAAGGGCAAGGCCGUCUUGAUCGUCAACACCGCCACCAAGUUCACCGGGCUCGAGGAGCUCUACCAGAAGUACAAGGACCAGGGUCUCGUCGUCCUCGGCUUCCCCUCGGACCAGUUCGGCCACCAGAACCCCGAGGACGACGAGGGCACCGAGAGCUUCUGCCAGCGCAACCACGGCGUGUCCUUCCCGCUCCUCAAGAAGUCGGACGUGAACGGGCCGGCGACCAACCCCGUCUUCCAGUUUCUCAAGCCUCGCGCCAAGGGUCUCCUCGGUGAGCGUAUCAACUGGAACUUUUCAAAGUUUCUCAUCUCAAAGAACGGCGAGGUCCUCCACCGCUACGCGCCAACGACCAAGCCCGACGCCAUCGCGAAGGACAUCGAGAAAGCGCUCGCCGCCUGA